GGGAGGGGCUUGGGAAGGAGCGUGGCUCUUACCCUGAAGAACAUGGACAGGGAAGAGGCAAAGGUAGAGGCAGGGAGACCAGUGAAAAGGCUCCUGGAGCCGUCGAGGGAGUGGUGAUGGGGGCCUAGAAUGGGGAGUGGCAGUGGGUAGACAUUAGGCCACUGAUUUGGAAGAGGUUGGAGGGAGAUCAGUUGGACUUGAUGAGCGGUCCGAGGGGGGGUGACGGGAGAAGCCAAAGGCCACUUGCUGAGACGGAGUGCUGAGGGGAGCAGGUGAGGAGGUGAGAAGAACGUCAAGAGCUACCGCUGCUGGGCACGUACUGCACGCCCAGCACCAUGCUCGGCAGCUUCUGUGUAAUCACUGUGUUAAUGUCGCAAGAAUCCUGACUGUGGUGCUCUGAUGAUCCUGUUUUACAGAUGUGGACAUAGAGACCCGGAGAGGCUGAAGGCUUGCCUGAGGCCACACAGCCUGGACACUACAGAGCUGACAUUUCAACCCAGAGAAGAGCAAGCUGAGAGCAGACUGGGCAGAAGGCAGGGAGGGAGCGGUGGCCUGAGAGGGACUUCACAUACGUCGUCUCUUGAAAAACGCAGCUAUUGUCCUAUGUAGAGUGAGGCUGUGAUCGCAGGAGCACAAGGCCCUGAGCUCCCUGCAGGCCGCCAUGAAGCUGAACGAGCGCAGCCUGGCCUUCUACGCGACCUGUGACGCCCCGGUGGACAACGCGGGCUUCCUGUACAAGAAGGGCGGCCGGCACGCGGCCUACCAUCGGCGCUGGUUCGUGCUGCGCGGGAACAUGCUCUUCUACUUCGAGGACGUGGCCAGCCGUGAGCCCGUGGGCGUCAUCAUCCUGGAGGGCUGCACCGUGGAGCUGGUGGAGGCCGCUGAGGAGUUCACCUUCGCCGUGCGCUUCGCCGAGGCCCGGGCCCGCACCUACGUGCUGGCCGCUGAGAGCCAGGCCGCCAUGGAGGGCUGGGUGAAGGCCCUGUCGCGGGCCAGCUUCGACUACCUGCGGCUGGUGGUGCGGGAGCUGGAGCAGCAGCUGGCGGCCGUGCGGGCGGGGGGCUGCCCUCCGCUCCCUGAGCGCCCCCCACUGCCACCCCGCCGGCGGGCCUCGGCGCCCAACGGGCCUCUCGACUCAGCCUCCUUCCUCCAGCUGCACGAGUGGUAUGGGCAGGAGGUCCGGGCACUGAGGAGCCAGUGGCUCAGGAGCCGGGCCCAGCCCUGAGGUCACCAGGGUCCCAGUCCUGGAGGGACUCGAGCCCUAAGCCUGAGACUAGGGAGCCCAGUCCUGAGGGAAAUCACAGUCAAGUCCUGAGGGAACUGAGGCCCCUGUGUGGGACGUGAGCUCUGAGCAGAUGCUGGAAUCCCAAAGGCACUUUAGGACUCAGAGGAGGUCACCGUGCCUUUCUGAGGAAAAUCCCGGACCUGGCUGAACCUCAGGACGCCUGAGGGCUGGUUUUGAAGGAACUCUAGCCCCAGGCCCAGCCCGAUUCACCCAGUGAAGGCCUGCUGCUGGCAUCAGGUCCUGGCUGCGGUGGCUGGGACCUGGCGAGGUUCUGUGGCCCGAAGGCAAAUGCUGUCAGCCCUGGUCCCGGACGGGGCCUCAGCACGGACAGAGAAGGCGGGGGUGCCACGCCUCACCUGGGUCUGACCUCCUUUUGCUCCAAUGGCUCCUGGGAAGCUGGCCUGGCGCCAGGCCUCCUGCCUGCCCGCCUCCAGAGGCAGCAGGUGCAGAAGGUGGCAGCAGGUUUUAAUGCGUAACCGGUAUGAUGAGAUUGCCUGGUCCCAACGGCUCCUGGCCUGGACUGGGGCGGAGGCAGGGCUUUGUCCUGGGCCUCGGCCAGACCUUGAGGUGGAGCUCCUGGUGCGGUGGCGACCCUCUGGCCUUGGGCCGUGCCUGUGUUGGCGUGGUGGCUCUCACCGGCCCUCCCGACAGUCCUUAACCACAUCCCCAGUCUCCUCUCCCAGAGCCAGCUCUCCCACCCCCGGCCUGGGACGAGGCCUCUUGGGAGCUCGUCUGACCUGGCCCAGUCUGGCUGGGCAGCGAGGCUGGAGCUGACUUCACAGCAGGUUUCACUAGGGAGGGGUGGCCACCAGCAGACUCACCGCCCAGAAAGGGCCCUGGUGCAGACCCUGUAGGGCAAAGAAGCCCUUGGG